AUGUCUCAGAAUAGCAAAAAUAAUUCUCAAGAGCUAUCACUUCGAGGCUCUGCCAAAAAAAUUGUGGAAUUCUUUGAAAUUACCCUAGGUUUUAUACUAUAUCAGCGUGGUGUAUAUCCACAAGAUGAAUUCGUCCCAGUUACACGAUAUGGUAUGUCUCUACUGCGUCCAGAAUCGCCUGAUCUAAGAAAAUACAUCAGGACUGUCCUACAACAAGUUCAGCGUUGGGUAGUUAAGGGUGACUGUUCCAAGCUGUUAUUAUGUCUUGUCGAUACUGAUUCAGGUUCUACCAUUGAGCAAUGGGCAUUCGGGAUAGACAUAUCUGAAAGUGGGAGUAAUUCUAACGAAGAUGAAUCUGCAGAUAAUAGAAUAAAUGAGGAAGAAACUAAACAACAAAUACGAGCUUUGCUGCGUCAAAUUACUUCUAGUGUUUCUUUUUUACCACAGCUUGAUGAGGAUGCCGAGUAUUCAUUUUGUGUUUUAUGUCAUACCAAUGCAAGUGGAGUUGUUCCGAAGGACUGGGGUGACGCUUCGAUGUCAACGGCCAUUGUUCAUGGUUCCAAUAAAGAGACUGUUCAAUUAAGAAAUUUUGCUACAUCAGACCAUACCAUCCAAGCAAGUGUCACUUAUUCAUCUGGUAAAUAG